AUGCAGGAGAUGUUUUCAAUGUAUAUUAAAAACCGGUCUCAGAUCUCGUUCAUCGAGUUGUAUGUUGAGUUUGAACAAUCUGAGGCUGACCGGAAUAUUCUACAGGAAGAUUAUAAUAGUGACAGUGAAGAAGAGUUCGAAAGCAACUAUGAAUUUGCUGUUCCAGAUGGUGAUGAAGAUCAAGGUGAGAGAACCAUGUGCCCAGAUGUGACAGAAGUGGCAAAUGCACUUGCAAACGAAGUGCCGUUUGAGGAGCCAUCAUUCAUGCGAGUUUUAGACUUGGAAGCCAUGCAUGUUCCUGAAUUUCCGGAAUAUAUGACUGCAGCAGAAAUUCCUAUGGUCGCAGAUGGUGAAUUCGUCGUUGGGAUGGAGUUCAGUUCCAGGAAAGCUGUUAUUAAGACGGUUAAGGAGUAUACCAUACGACGAAGCGUAGACUACCGGGUAUAUGAGUCUGAGCCGUUGACAUUUUAUGCCAAGUGUACACAGUAUGGGUCAGGGUGUGAUUGGCUUAUCAGGGAUCAUUCGAAACUGGACUCUAUCACAAUUGCAGAAGCAAUAAAGCCACUGGUUGAAGUUGACCCCUCCUUAAAGGUAAAAUCGGUAAUAGCAGAAGUGCAAUCAAAAUUCAACUACACCGUCAGUUACCGGAAAGCAUGGUUGGCUAAGCAGAGGGCAAUAGAAAAAAUAUUUAGAGGUUGGGAAGCAUCGUAUGAAGCCUUGCCUAUAUGGUUUGAGGCCAUGUGUCACAAGGAGCCAUCAACUGUUGUCCAUUUUGAGACUAUGCCAGUAUAUCAAGGUGAUGACUUGGUGGGUGAUAUUUGGGUUUCGCAUCGUGUAUUCUGGAGUUAUUACCCUUGUAUUAGGGCAUUCAGACAUUGUAAGCCAAUUGUCCAGGUGGAUGGUACUCACUUGUACGGAAAGUAUAAGGGUUGUCUGCUUGUGGCAGUUUCCCAAGAUGGAAACAACAAUAUCGUUCCGAUUGCGUUUGCUAUUGUUGAGGGAGAGACUUCUGAUGCAUGGCAUUUUUUCCUAAGUAACCUCCGUCAACAUGUUUUUACUCGGGAUGGAGUGGGUCUAAUAUCUGACAGGCACGAGUCCAUCAAUGCAGCUGUCGAACGAAGUAACGGAGCUUGGUCACCUCCUAGAGCUUUUCAUAUGUUUUGCAUUAGGCAUAUAGAGUCGAAUUUUCUGAGAAAAUUCAAGGCACCUUACCUACAAAAAUUGGUCGUUAACAUCGGAUAUUCGAGGACGGUGCGGGAGUACGAAGUGCGUUACCAGCGUUUAAGGGACCGCGGCGAGGCAUACACAAACUGGUUAGACCGAAUUCCUCGCGAACAGUACGCACUGGCCUUUGAUGGCGAGUACCGAUGGGGUCACAUGACGACGAAUCUAGUGGAGUGCAUCAACUCAGUUUUGAAGGGUGCCCGCAAUCUUCCCAUUACUGCUCUUGUGAAGGCAACAUUCUACAGGCUAAAUGAGUUGUUCACCCGUAAAAGAGCGGAGGCGGAAGCUCGGAUCAAUGCUGGCCAUGUGUUUUCUGAGAUAGUGACAUCGAAGUUGCAUGCAAACCAACUUGCAUCAGGAAACAUACAGGUUAGUUGCUUUGACCGCCAGAAUGAGGUCUUUGAGGUUCGUGAGAUGCCAAGUGGGCUAGAGUUUGCAGUUGAUCUACGUAGCCUUCGAUGUGACUGUGGUGAGUUCCAAGUGGACCGGAUCCCCUGUCGGCAUGUGUUCGCAUGUUGUGCUAACCAGCGUCUUGAUUGGCGACUUUAUGUUCAUGAUGUGUAUAAGAUGGAUCAAGUGCGGCGGGUGUACCGAGCACGGUUUAGGCCACUAGGUAAUCCCACUACAUGGCCUGCUUACAACGGACCUUGGUUCAUACCGAAUCUGUACAUGCGACGGGUGUCAAAAGGUCGCCCCAGGAUGACGCGUUUUCUGAAUGAGAUGGACACGAGGAUGUUACGUCGUCCUAGGCGAUGUACUCUAUGUGGUGCUGAGGGACAUAGUCGAAGCAGAUGCCGUCGGUCUGUUGGUUCAAAUACCAACAGAGAAGCCCCCUAG